AUGGAAGCAGACUUAAAGGAAGAACAAGAAGACGCACUGGGACUUUACAUGAAUCUUUAUGCUCGUCCAGAUUCUUCUUCGUUUGAAGAUUGGAAAUAUUCUUCUUCACAACAAAUCCGGUAUGAAACCAGCAAUGUUUGUUCUUUUAUAACCCAUAUUGUGGGCCUCAGAAGCCACCCUGCUAUAGUAUUCAGUGACCAUGAAUUGGUUACACUUGUACGUUAUCCACAAUGCCCUCAUGAUAAGUAUGCCAUAAAGAUUUUCAAUUCUACUUCUAUGGAAGUGGGUUACCUUCAUGAUCAAGCUUCGGCUGCUUUAUCUCCUUUAAUUGAUGCUCAAAUGAUUAAUCUUGAAGGUGAGGUGACUGACUCAAGAACUGGAGAUGUUAAGUACUCUGCUCCUUGUCUAGUUAGAGUCUUUUCAAAGUCAACUGAUCUAGAGAAUGUUAAACAAUCGAUUUUUGGAAAUACUUUGAGCUUAACUCGUGAGCAUCGUACAAAUACUGAGAGAAAUGAGGGUAAGGGGGGUAAAGAAAAGGGUUGGAUAGAGAAAUUGGGGACUUUAGAGCCACCAAAGGAGGUGAUUAAAGCUAAACUUCUUGAUCAUCAAAAGGAGGGUUUGUGGUGGUUGGUGAAUAAAGAGAACUCUGAUGAGUUGCCCCCUUUCUGGAAGAUGAAAGAUGGGUUGUAUGUGAACGUUUUAACACGGCAUCGAACGAAUAGGAAACCGGAGCCUUUGCAUGGCGGGAUUUUUGCUGAUGAUUAUGGAACAGGCAAAACUCUAACUUUGCUUUCUUUGAUUGCUUUUGAUAAGGUUGGCAAUAUCCCUGAAGGAACAGGUGAGGAGGAUGAGGGAGUGUCUGUUUGUAGUUGUAAGAAGAGAGGAAGGGUGAGUGAAAAGGGUACUGGAGAACCAAAAACACAUACCCUUUUGGAUAGCUAUAUAAAAGAAAGUUCUGAGGACAUGGCUGAUAAGUCUUCUAGUGCUUCGGUGGCUAAGCAAACAUUAAUUGUGUGCCCGUCUUCUGUGUGUUCAACAUGGAAAAACCAACUACUGGAGCACACGGAAAAAGGAUCGCUCAAGCUACACAAGUAUUAUGGGGAUAGCAUGAUUAAGGAUGUUGAGGAGCUUAAGAAAUACGAUAUAGUGUUGACCACGUAUGGUGCCUUCGCUAAUGAGUCCUUUGAAAGGUGGUGCCCUUUGUUGAAGAUCGAGUGGUGGCGAGUCAUUUUAGAUGAGGCUGAUGUGAUUAAGAAUGCAAAUGCCAAGCAAAGUAAGGCAGUCUCUAGUUUGACCGCUAGGAGGAGGUGGGCUGUUACAGGAGCACCCAUCCAGAAUGGAUCGUUUGAUUUAUUUUCCUUGAUUGCUUUUUUGCGAUUAGAUCCACUCUCUAAAAAAAGCUACUGGCAAAGCCUGUUUGAGAGGCCACUCGCUAAGAAGGACGGGAAUGGAUUCUCGCGGCUGCAGGAUUUAAUGGCGGCCAUUUCUUUGCGGAGAACGAAAGACAGGGUUUUAGUUGGCCGAUUACGAUCAAAAACUGUAGAGACAGUUCGCUUUAAAAUUUAUGGAGACGAACGUGAGCUGUAUGAUCAGAUGGAAGCAAAAUCCAAGAAAGUUGUCCGCAAACUCAUCGCUACUGGUAGACUAAACAGAAGCUAUGCAUCUAUACGCGGUGCAGUCAUACGACUUCGCCAGAUGUGUAAUGAUGCAACCCCGUUCUCGUUGUAUCUCAAAUCAUUGCUACCUUCUGACGAUAUAGGAGGUAUUGAAGAGUUCUACUUGUUAAUAUUCUCUUCAUGUGAUUAUAAUGCGCUUACCAUCUCAGCUCCUCCUGAAUCUUCCGAUCCUGAAGAUCCUAGAAAAUCUACAGCAAUAAUUCCUUCCAAAGUCUCAACUCUCAUAAAACUCCUGAAGGAAUCUAGGGACGUGAGACCAACCAGUAAAUCAGUGGUUUUUACAAUAUUCCAGAAGAUGUUGGUACUACUUGAAGCGCCACUGAAAGACGCUGGCUUCAAUGUAUUGCGGUUGGAUGCAAUAAUAGAUGCUAGAAGGAGAGGUGGAAUAAUCAAGAAAUUUCGAUCAGCAGGACAAAACACAAUUCUGCUUGCGAACGUUAAAGUUUCAGGGGCCGGCAUAAACCUCACAGCUGCUUCCGAAGUCUACUUGUUGGAGCCGUGGUGGAACUCAGAAUUGGAGGAACAGGCAAUAGACCGUGUUCACCAAUAUGGACAGGAGAAGAAUGUAAUAAUUGUUAAAUUGAUUGUUCAAGACAGCAUUGAAGAAAGGAUAUUGAUGAUGCAGGAAAGGAAGAAACUGGCAAUUGAAGCUUUCGGAAUGCAGGGACCCAAGGAACGACGCGAGGUUUGCUUAGAAGACCUCUGUAGCCUCUUAUCCUUGGAAUAA